CAAAAAAAAUAUAGUCCGGCCAACCACAUGGUCUGAGGGACGGUGGACCGGCCCAUGGCUGAAAAAGGUUCCUGACCCCUGAGCUACGGUGUCCCGUUUGUGGUGGAUUCAAAAGUCCUGCUCCAGUCUGUUAGUAGACCUUUUAUUAGCCUCAUAAUAGGUACAUGGAUCUCCAUAAAUUUUCCUGGGGACUGUAGUUAGUUAAGGGUGCUGGGAAGUGUAGCUUUUUGGGGUAAACGGCCAUUGCCAGGAUUCUUUGGCAGACAUCAUGCACUUUGACUGCAUGGUACGGAUGUGAAGCUGCACACUGUAAGGAUUUCUCAUGGUUUAUGCUGCUGCUUUGCAAAGACUAUGAGUCACCCAGAGGGAGGGAAUGGCACACCCUUGGACUUGAAACUGGAGAAACGAAACUAAGCCUUUUAUUCGCACUUCAGGCAGACGAAAUGGCGGAUGAGGGUCCAGUCCAGAACCUCUGUGAGGAAACCACAUGCUCUAUCUGCCUGGAGUAUUUCACAGAUCCAGUGAUCAUAGACUGUGGUCACAAUUUCUGCCAAACCUGCAUCACCGAGGCUUGGAGAAACUCGGACCAAGAUGCUUCUUGCCCUCAGUGCAGGGAACCUUGUCAGCAAAGGAAUUUCAGGCCCAACCGGCAACUGGCGAACAUUGUGGAAAUAGCCAAGAAAUUCAGCCUUCAGAUGGCCAGAGGGGCGGAAGCGCUGGGAAAGGUUUGCGAGAGACACCAGGAGCCCCUGAAGCUCUUCUGUGAAGAUGACCAAGACCCUAUCUGUGUGGUGUGUGACAAAUCCAAGGAGCACAGGGACCACAAGGUGAUCCCAAAGGAGGAGGCCUUUGAGGAGUAUCAGGGUAAAAUUCUGCGUCAUUUGGAGUUCCUGAAUAAACAGAGAGAAGAAAUUCUGUCUUCUAAACUGAAUGGGGAGACCGAAAGCCAGAAUCUGCUGAAGCAGACAGACAUGGAGAGGCAGGAAAUCAUGGCUGAUUUCAAGCAAUUGCACCAGUUUCUGGAAGAACAAGAGCGCCUCCUGCUGGCUCAACUGAAGGAACUGGACGAUGAGAUCAAAUCCUGUGAGGACCAACAUAUUGCAAAACUAUCUGAGGAAAUGGCCUCUAUUGAUGACCUUAUCAAGGAGCUGGAAAAGAAACAGAAACAGCCAGCGACUGAAUUCUUGCAGGGUGAUUUCAUAGCUAGAAGCAUCCUUGGAGCAUGAACAGCGCGUGAAC